CCCCUCCCCGCCCCUCAGCCGCCGUGUCCCUCCGCCGGGCAGCAGCGGGGACUUUUGUGUGGGGCUUUUGGGCGCCGAUGAGCGGCGGCCUCCGGCGGCCCCGGUUGUUGCGGCGGCGGGCGGGCCGGCGGCACGAUGUCACUAGUAGAUUUGGGAAAGAAACUUCUAGAAGCUGCACGAGCAGGACAAGAUGAUGAAGUUCGCAUUUUGAUGGCAAAUGGAGCACCUUUUACCACAGAUUGGUUGGGAACGUCUCCACUUCAUCUAGCAGCACAGUAUGGACACUAUUCAACGACAGAAGUGUUACUGCGAGCAGGUGUAAGUCGUGAUGCCAGAACAAAAGUGGACAGAACUCCAUUACAUAUGGCAGCGUCAGAAGGCCAUGCCAGCAUAGUAGAAGUCUUACUUAAGCACAGUGCAGAUGUCAAUGCAAAGGACAUGCUCAAAAUGACUGCACUUCACUGGGCGACUGAACAUAACCACCAAGAAGUUGUAGAGCUCUUAAUAAAGUAUGGAGCGGAUGUUCAUGCUCAGAGUAAAUUUUGCAAAACUGCAUUGGACAUUGCAAUAGACAAUGGAAAUGAAGACCUUGCUGAAAUACUACAGAUUGCAAUGCAGAACCAAAUCAAUACGAAUCCAGAGAGUCCGGAUACUGUGACAAUACAUGCAGCAACACCGCAGUUCAUCAUUGGACCUGGAGGGGUGGUGAACCUAACAGAUGAGACAGGAGUGUCUGCUGUGCAGUUUGGAAAUUCAUCAACGUCAGUGUUAGCCACGUUAGCAGCUUUAGCGGAAGCAUCAGCACCACUGUCUAAUUCUUCAGAAACACCAGUUGUGGCGACAGAAGAAGUUGUGACUGCAGAAUCUGUGGAUGGUGCUAUUCAGCAAGUUGUCAGUUCUGGAGGUCAGCAAGUUAUUACUAUAGUUACGGAUGGCAUUCAGCUUGGUAAUCUGCAUUCAAUUCCAACCAGUGGAAUAGGGCAGCCAAUCAUCGUGACCAUGCCAGAUGGACAGCAAGUAUUAACAGUUCCAGCAACAGAUAUUGCUGAAGAAACUGUGAUAAGUGAAGAACCGCCAGUCAAGAGACAGUGCAUUGAGAUUGUUGAAAAUCGUGUGGAGUCUGCAGAAAUAGAAGAAAGAGAAACUCUUCAGAAGCAGCUGGAUGAGGCAAACAGAGAAGCACAAAAAUAUCGUCAGCAGCUUCUAAAGAAAGAGCAAGAAGCAGAGGCCUAUCGGCAGAAGUUAGAGGCAAUGAACCGCCUCCAGACUAAUAAAGAAGCUGUUUAAUAAAAGAGAACAUACUGCAAAGCCUGUUACUUUCAAAAACCUGCAGUACAAUCUUGAACUGUACACUGUAUAGGUACAAACACAGGAUUACAUGAUAGAGAAGAUGCUACAAGUUGAUAACUGGACUUAAGCCGUGAGCUCUGAUGAAUUUCUUGUAACAUAAAAAUUCUGAAUUUAGAAAUUGUGAAAAGUAUUUAAAAUGAAAUACUGUAAAUAGUUGUUUUUUUUACAGUUUCAAAAUAAGUUGAUAAAUCUUUUUGAAGGGAUCCAGAAACAUGAGAAGCCAAUGUUUUUGUGAAAUUUUUGAUUUUAGUAUGAAUCUAACUUCUGAAAAACAGGGCAGUUUUAAGGGUGAUGUUGAUUUAAGCUGACAACUUGAAAAUGAAUUAUGUGACAAAAUGAAUCAACAGUUAUUUCUACAUGGUAACAACUUAAACUUCUCUGAAUAAGUCAUUUCCAGGUGGAAAUCUUUGUACAGCUUUAAGUAGUUGUCUCAGAUUCUCUGAAAACCAUUUUUUGGGUUUUUUGUUUUUUUUUUUUAGGCGGUGAAAUUUUUAUAUUUAAUUUCAAAUAUAUCCAAGUAGAUUUACAUGUAUAUGAAGCUAAUAUUUUUUAAACUUUUCAGUUUGUACAUAUGCUGCAUGUUUUUAUAAUUUCUACACAUACAUCUAGCAUAAGUAUUUUUCAGCAAACGUGAGGAAAAAUUAUGAGAAAAAUGUUUAACCUAUAGGUCAUUUGAAGUAAGCUAGCAGCCAGUUUUAUUGUGGAUGGUACAUUUCUUGAAAGAAUGUAAUUUGUAAUCAAAACAAAACAGAAAAUCCUAAUUUACAUAACAGGCAAAAUUUGAUAGUGGAGGCAUUGAAAUUGUGUGUCUUACAGUUUUCACAUGCAAACAUUUUAAAGUUUGGUAAUGAGUAGAAAAGAAUGUCUCCACUGGAACACAAAGAGUAAUUCUUUUAGAAUAUUCUAUGGAUCUGUUUUCCCCAAUAGCCUUGAAAUUAUUUCAUUGAUGCGUUUUCUAAACAGACUUUUCUGUUUUAAUUAUGCAAUUGGACAAGGAAUUUUUUUAUGUUGUAGUGAUGCUGCUCUUACCUGGCAUCAUUGUUCUUCACUGUGAUACUGUGUUUGUGUGUGUCUGUGCAGUGAUAUAUUAUACUUAAGAUUUAUAUAAAACAUAACAUCUUCAGAGCAUUGUAAAAUCUUUUAAAGAACCCUUACUACACUGCCUGAGGCAGGUAAGUGAGUGUUAUUGUCUCAAUUUUAUAACUGGUAUAAGCGCAACACAAGGAGUGUUAAACAAUUGGCCCAAGACCACAUGAAUCUGUGGUAGACCUGGGAAUGGAUCUCAGGAGUUCCUGGCUUCUAGUCCUGUGCUUAGACUGAGCUGCCUUAAGAUUGUUCAGUGCUGUGUUACAUACAUUUUGAACUACUGUGCAGAUUCCUUUUUGUAAGAUAAAACUAUUUGUGCUUUGCUUUGUUGUUCCAUGUUUCACUGCUUUUAUGGAAUUGUUUAUAUAAACUUAAGCAAAAAGUCUAGUUUAUCUAUACUGUAUACAGAAGAAUUACCCUUAAAACUGUACUCUGGCCUACUUUUUCUAUUUUACAAUUAAAUAUCUUUUCCACAUA